UUGGGGAGCAGACAGAGGCGGAUAUCGGUUACCGACAGCAGCCGCAGGAGGAGGAGGAUGAGUCCGGGAAGCCGGCCUGUCAGCUAGAAGGCCAGGUCCCCGGGCCUGUGACAGGAAGCAGCUGAGGCGCUGGGUGCGGCAUUCCCGCCCAUCCCACCCGUGACACCCAUUCGGUUCCAUCAGCAGAAACACGGAGGGCGCUGCGGGCGGCACUGACAGAGAGCGCAGAACGGAUGUAUGACAACAUGUCCACGAUGGUGUACCUAAAGGAAGACAAGUUGGAGAAACUCACGCAAGAUGAGAUUAUUUCCAAGACCAAGCAAGUAAUCCAGGGCCUGGAGGCUUUGAAGAACGAGCACAACUCCAUCCUGCAGAGCUUACUGGAAACCCUAAAGUGCUUGAAGAAAGAUGACGAGAGCAACCUGGUGGAGGAGAAAUCCAACAUGAUCCGCAAGUCUCUGGAGAUGCUGGAGCUCGGCCUGAGCGAAGCGCAGGUGAUGAUGGCCUUAUCGAACCACUUGAACGCGGUGGAGUCCGAGAAGCAGAAGCUGAGGGCCCAAGUCCGCCGGCUGUGCCAGGAGAACCAGUGGCUGCGGGACGAGCUGGCCAACACUCAGCAGAAGCUGCAGAGGAGCGAGCAGUCCGUGGCCCAACUCGAGGAGGAGAAGAAACACCUAGAGUUCAUGAAUCAGUUGAAAAAAUACGACGACGACAUUUCUCCAUCGGAUGAUAAAGACAAUGAUUCUUCCAAGGAGCCCCUGGAUGACCUGUUCCCUAAUGAUGAUGAUGAUCAAGGCCCGGGAAUGCAACAGCAACACAGCAGCGCGGCCGCCGCGGCCCAGCAAGGCGGAUACGAAAUCCCCGCGAGGUUAAGGACCCUCCAUAAUCUGGUGAUUCAGUACGCCUCGCAGGGCCGGUAUGAAGUUGCUGUACCCCUCUGCAAGCAGGCACUCGAAGACCUGGAGAAGACCUCCGGCCACGACCACCCAGAUGUCGCCACGAUGCUCAACAUACUCGCUCUGGUUUACAGGGAUCAGAAUAAGUACAAAGAUGCCGCAAACCUGUUAAACGAUGCUUUGGCUAUUCGCGAGAAAACACUGGGCAAAGAUCACCCGGCCGUGGCCGCCACUCUUAAUAACCUUGCAGUGCUUUACGGGAAGAGAGGGAAAUACAGAGAAGCCGAGCCGCUGUGUAAAAGGGCACUCGAGAUCCGGGAAAAGGUGCUUGGGAAGGAUCACCCAGACGUGGCCAAGCAGUUAAACAACCUGGCUUUACUGUGCCAGAAUCAGGGCAAGUACGAAGAGGUCGAAUAUUAUUAUCAGAGGGCGCUGGAGAUUUACCAAACCAAGCUGGGACCCGACGAUCCGAACGUGGCCAAAACAAAGAACAACUUGGCUUCCUGCUAUUUAAAGCAAGGCAAGUUCAAGCAAGCGGAGACUUUGUACAAGGAGAUCCUCACCCGCGCGCACGAAAGGGAGUUUGGCUCCGUCGACGAUGAAAACAAACCGAUAUGGAUGCACGCAGAGGAGAGAGAGAAAUUCAAGGGGAAGCAAAAGGAUGGGACGUUUGGGGAGUAUGGCGGCUGGUACAAAGCAUGCAAAGUGGAUAGCCCAACAGUGACCACAACACUGAAGAACCUGGGGGCCCUUUACAGGCGUCAGGGCAAGUUUGAAGCAGCUGAAACUUUAGAGGAGGCAGCAAUGAGGUCCCGAAAGCAGGGUGGUGUCUCACAGGGACUCGAUAAUGUCCACAAGCAGAGGGUGGCCGAAGUCUUAAACGACCCCGAAAGCAUCGAGAAGCGGCGAAGCCGGGAGAGCCUCGACGUGGUUAAGUACGAGAGCGGCCCAGACGGAGGGGAGGAAGCCUAGGUACCCCGUGUGACUCUAACUCUGUGUCCUGCAUGAAGGGUGUGCGUCAUCUCACAGCUUUAACCUCUCGCCAGUACUGAACACUGUGUCCUAGCUGCUUCUAGUAGGAUUCCUGUUCAAGCUACCUUGUAAAUUGGGCAUCUGAGCUGACACUUCUUAGAGCGUCUAUUUUUUUUCUCUUUCUUUCUUAAUAACCUGUACUCCUUUGAGCUUUGCCAUACCGUAAGCUAUCCUCAAGGAACCGUAAUCUGCUCAUAAAACAGCGUGUUAUAACGUAAAGUCACCGUAGGCCACAAAUUCCAAUAUCCAAUAUCUCAAGGUCUGCAAUGGCAUGUUCUAGGCCUCGGAACAGAUGGCGUCUGCUCUAGAACCAAGGCAUGUGCUUGUUGACGGAGGCCCGUCGUUUGGUUACCAUCAAUGUGGUUUUCUGGAUCUCUGCAGCUAACUUCUAUAGGCGCUAGAGCUCUUGCAAGUCCUAACGUGACUGGCGGCAGUCGUGCUUCUCAUACUAAUCUCUACGUGUUUGGUGAUUUGUGUAAAUGUCUUUCUAACUUCUAAUAAACGCUGUCCCAACCGA